UUCCGUAGUAUCCGUUUAAUACGUGAGGAAGUGAAUGGUUCGUCUGAAAGGUCAGCUAAGCUAAGCUAAAUACAAAACAUCUCCUUAACGGUUCUAUCGUUUGAAUUUCCGUUUUGGUUUCUGUCUAAAAACACGCAAUGGCGUAUCAGCUCUACCGAAACACGACGCUCGGAAACAGUUUACAAGAGAGUCUCGAUGAACUGAUACAGACUCAACAGAUCACCCCACAGUUAGCCCUGCAAGUCCUGCUACAGUUCGACAAAGCCAUCAACACCGCGCUGGCUAAUCGAGUUCGCAACCGAGUCAACUUUAAAGGAUCGCUGAACACGUACAGGUUUUGCGACAACGUCUGGACGUUUGUUCUGAACGACGUGGAGUUCCGGGAGGUCACCGACCUGGUGAAGGUGGAUAAAGUCAAGAUAGUAGCCUGUGAUGGAAAAAACACCGGCUCUAAUACAGCAGAGUGAGGAGGAAGAGGAGAAAGUGCAGAAUUCAUGCGAGAGAAGUGAAGAAGUGUGCCAUACUGACCGAGGAAGAGUAAGAACGCUGGACUCAAAGAGAGGACUGUAUACAUAUUAUUUAUUACAAACAGCAGAUCCCCAUCUUUCCUAGAUCACCCACUUCCACAAACGGCCUUCCAUGGACAUUUUAUAUAUAUAUAUAU